AUGGCGGGGGAGAGUGCUCCAUCAGCCGCUACUGAAUACCUGCAUAGCACAGAGAUUGAGGUUGUAGGUUCUGAUGCUGGACUACCUAGGCUCAAAUUUCCACUGAAGCACUGCUUAGGCUACAUAGGAAAACAAGCCUAUGCAAUUGAGCACUUACUAAAACUCUCUUGUUCUACUCUGAAGUUAACCACUAUCAUCAAAAUGUUCUGUGGAGACUAUGUGCAAGGAACCAUUUUCCCAGCUCCCAAUUUCAAUCCCAUAAUGGAUGCCCAAAUGCUAGGGGGAGCACUCCAAGGAUUUGGCUGUGACAAAGACAUGCUGAUCAACAUUCUAACUCAACGUUGUAAUGCACAAAGGCUGAUGAUUGCGGAGGCAUACCAGAGUGUGUAUGGCCGGGACCUAAUUGGUGACCUGAAGGAGAAGCUUUCAGAUCACUUCAAAGAUGUCAUGGUUGGCCUCAUGUACCCACCGCCAUCUUACGAUGCUCAUGAACUCUGGCAUGCCAUGAAGGGAGCAGGCACUGAAGAAAAUUGCCUCAUUGAUAUUUUAGCUUCAAGAACAGAUGGAGAAAUUUUCCAGAUGCGAGAAGCCUACUGUUUGCAAUAUAGCAGCAACCUUCAAGAAGACAUUUACUCAGAGACCUCAGGACACUUCAGAGAUACGCUCAUGAACCUGGUCCAGGGAACCAGAGAGGAAGGAUAUACAGACCCUGCUCUGGCUGCUCAGGAUGCAAUGGUCCUGUGGGAAGCCUGUCAGCAGAAGACAGGGGAACACAAAACCAUGCUGCAAAUGAUCCUGUGCAACAAAAGUUAUCAACAACUGUGGCUGGUUUUCCAGGAAUUUCAAAAUAUUUCUGGGCAAGACAUGGUAGAUGCCAUUAAUGAAUGCUAUGAUGGAUACUUCCAAGAGUUGCUAGUUGCAAUUGUUCUCUGCGUUCGAGACAAACCAGCCUAUUUUGCUUAUAGACUGUAUAGUGCAAUCCAUGACUUCGGUUUCCAUAACAAAACCGUAAUCAGGAUUCUAAUCGCCAGAAGUGAAAUAGAUCUGAUGACCAUCAGGAAACGAUACAAAGAAAGAUACGGAAAAUCCCUGUUUCAUGACAUCAAAAAUUUUGCUUCAGGGCAUUAUGAGAAAGCUCUGCUUGCCAUCUGUGCCGGGGAUGCUGAAGACUACUAA